AUGGGUGAAUGGGAUCUGCUGGGCCGCCUGCUCGAUAAAGUGCAGAGUCACUCCACGGUGAUCGGCAAGGUCUGGCUCACCGUGCUGUUCGUCUUCCGCAUCCUGGUCCUGCGCACCGGCGCUGAGAAGGUGUGGGGCGAUGAGCAAUCCGACUUUGUCUGCAACACCCAGCAGCCCGGCUGCGAGAACGUCUGCUACGACCUCGCCUUCCCCAUCUCUCAUGUCCGCUUUUGGUUCCUGCAGAUUAUUGCCGUAGCGACUCCGAAGCUGAUAUACCUGGGUCACGUCCUUCAUGUGAUCCACCUGGAGAAGAAGGUGAAGGAGAGGAUGAAGAAGCAGGCCGAGUUGGAUGACCAGGCCAGUCUGUUCCUCAGGAGAGCCUUCAAAGUCCCCAAGUACACCAAGAGCACGGGCAAGAUCAGCAUCCGGGGCCGCCUCCUUCACAGUUACGUCCUUCAUCUUGUGGCCAAGAUCGUCCUGGAGGUCUUGUUCAUCGUGGGUCAGUACUUUCUUUACGGUUUCACCCUCCAGACUCGCUACAUCUGCACCCGCUUCCCUUGCCCUCACAAGGUGGACUGCUUCCUGUCCAGGCCUACCGAGAAGUCGGUCAUCAUCUGGUUCAUGCUGGUGGCGGCGUUCGUCUCCCUGGUCCUCAGCGUCGCCGAGCUGUUCUAUCUGUGCGUGAAGGCUGUGAAGGAGUGCAUGGCGAGGAGGCAGGACUACACCGUGACCCCGGUGACGCCUCCGCUUCCGGGAAGGAAAGCCUUUAAGAGCCGCACCGAGACGAUCCAGAACUGUGUCAACCUGGAGCUGGAGCUCCAAGGACGAAAGUUAGGGGUGAACGGGGUCACGGGUGGCGGGAAUGAGGCUGAGAACAACAACACGGGGGAGGUCCACAUCUGA